AUGCACGGUGACCUGUUUUAUGUGUUUACAGGAAGUGAACGUGGAAUUUGAAGCUUAUUCCAUCUCAGAUAACGAUUACGACGGAAUUAAGAAGUUACUGCAGCAGCUUUUCCUAAAGGCCCCUGUGAACACUGCCGAGCUAACAGGUCUCUUAAUUCAGCAGAACCAUAUCGGGAGUGUGAUCAAGCAAACGGAAGUUUCAGAAGACAGUGAUGACGAUGUGGAUGAAGAUGAGAUUUUUGGCUUCAUAAGUCUUCUAAAUUUAACCGAAAGAAAGGGAACCCAGUGUGCAGAACAAAUUAAAGAGUUGCUUCUGAGCGUCUGUGAGAAGAACUGUGACCAGCGCGUGGUUGAACAGCUGGACAAGCUCCUCAGUGACACGAGCAGGCCUGUGGGCUUCCUGCUGAGUGAGAGGUUCAUGAACGUGCCGGCCCAGAUCGCCCUGCCCAUGCACCAGCAGCUCCAGAAAGAACUAGUGGAGGCACACAAAACUAACAAGCCAUGUGGGAAGUGUUACUUCUACCUUCUGAUUAGCAAGACGUUUGUGGAAGCAGGAAAGAGCAAUUCCAAAAGGAACACCCAAAAGAAAGAUGAGUUAAUGUUUGCAAAUGCAGAGGAAGAAUUUUUCUAUGAGAAGGCAGUCCUCAAGUUCAACUACUCGGUGCAGGAGGAGAGCGACACAUGUCUGGGAGGCAGAUGGUCCUUCGAUGAUGUGCCAAUGAAGCCCUUGCGAACUGUGAUGUUAGUUCCCUGUGACAAGAUGAAUGAAAUCAUGGAUAAACUGAAAGAGCAUCUGUCUAUCUAGCCCAUUGCCCGUGGACAGAGGCGUGUUUGUUUUUGUAAAAUUACCAGAACACUCAGUGGAUAUUACUGAAAAACUCAUGACUUUAUUUAGAUUUAGGUCCUCUACAAAAAGUAGGGGUCUGUUGCCCGUGUCUGUGACACAUUUACAAAAUAUCUUUUUUUAAAAUUUUGGUCAAAUUAUAGAUGGUUAAUUAAAAACUUCCCCAAUAAGAAGAAAAACAUGGAGUACUAAUUUAAAGAACUCAUUAAAAACUUCUAUUUUUA